UCCCUUCAGCCCCGUGGCGGAGCCCUGCGUUUUCCCAGCGGAGCUGGGCCCGGGGCAGCUCCCUCGCGGGCGGGGCUCACCUGUCCCGGCCCGGCCCCACCUGUCCCGGCCCGGCCCCCUCCCGCGCCCCAGGUGGCUCAGGGCGGGGAGGAACCGCGCCCCGCCCCGCGCGGCCGCAGCCAACGCCAGCCCCAGGCGGGCGCGCGGGGAGCCGGCGCUGGGAGCCGGGCGAGGGCGCCGAGAGGCCCGGCGGGCGUGGGCGGCGAGAUAUGCCACACUUCUGCAGGCCUUUGGCAACCCUCCUGGACUAGGCUGCUCUUGUUAAUCACAUGGAUGUUAUAGAAGAGUUUGGACCACCCAGCACACAAGGUCAGCAUGCUGCUCCUCUGUCACACUCUGGCUAUAGCUGUUGUCCAGAUCAUUAUCUUCUCCGAAAGCUGGGCAUUUGCCAAGAAUAUCAACUUCUAUAAUGUGAGGCCUCCUCUCGAUCCUACACCAUUUCCAAAUAGCUUCAAGUGCUUUACUUGUGAAAAUGCAGGGGAUAAUUAUAACUGCAAUCGAUGGGCAGAAGACAAAUGGUGUCCACAAAAUACACAGUACUGUUUGACAGUUCAUCACUUCACCAGCCACGGAAGAAGCACAUCCAUCACCAAAAAGUGUGCUUCUAGAAGUGAAUGUCAUUUUGUCGGUUGCCACCACAGCCGAGAUUCUGAACAUACGGAGUGUAGGUCUUGCUGUGAAGGAAUGAUCUGCAAUGUGGAACUACCCACCAAUCACACUAAUGCAGUGUUUGCCGUCAUGCACGCUCAGAGAACAUCUGGCAGCAGUGCACCCACACCCUACCUACCAGUGCUCGCUGGGGUCUUUGUGCUUCCAUUGCUAUGAUGCCACCAUUCCUAGGAGAGGCAGAGACCAGCCUCUAACGUGCAAGCCAAAAACUGUGCGAAUGGUGAACUUUGGAGAGAAGAUCAGUCUUGCACUUGGUGAAGAGUGCACAUUGGACCCCAAGGCAAAAGCCAGUGGUUUUCUUUGCUAAAAUGUUCCCACAUGAGGCCACAGGAUUGAGGAUGGGAGUUUGGCGGGGCCUGAGAAGAUGGUCUGACUUCCAGGCUUCCUGGUCAAAGGGAGCUAGAGGAUCCUGGCAACUAGUCCCACCUGGCUAGGCCUUUAGCUGAAAGGAUUUCUUGACCUCCUUGGCUCCCUCAGAGGCUGCCAGGUCAAACCCUCUUGUUUAUGUGAUUAGCUCAGAGCAUCUCUGUGAAAUCUAACCCUCCCCCUCACGAGCAAGCCAUUUUCCCCACCAACAGCAUAGUCAAUGAGAAAGGCAACUGUACGAAGAAAACUUUCAGUUGAAUGAGUAUGAAAUCUAUUUGCUAAUUGUGGGGGGAAAUAAAGCUUCUAAAUUAUACAAUGUAAA